CAUCAGCCAUUUUGUUAGAGGUGUUGACAUUCAAACGCUGAGUUCGGCGAGCUAGUUGAUAUGGGCUCCAGUAUAAUUUUAAUGUCAACUGAAACUUGGUAUAUUUAAGGAAUUCGGUAUAAACCCUUGUUAAGCAGCUUUUGUUCGCGAUUUCCUACUAAGCAUCCUAUAUUAAACGUUAGAACUAUAAUUUUCCUCAUAUUUGCGUAGAAUUUUCGGACGCGAUAAGAAGUAGCUAGUAACGUUAGCUCUGGGAAAUGGCGGCGAACGCGGCACAGCAAGCCCCGACACCAAACUGGCCGUAUGGUAGUAAUUCAAGCGGAGAAGGGCAAGUCCAUGAGAACCCAGAAUGGGAAAAAGCCCGACAGGCUCUAGCCUCCAUUAGUAAAAGUCAGAACUCUACCAAAACUUCACCAACCAAUCGCACCCCCCAACAGGCCGGACCUUAUCAGGCAACAGACUCUUCUGCAGUGCAGCAACAACAGCAGCAAUACUAUCAACAGUGGUAUCAACAGAACCAACAACAGUAUGCUGGUUACCCAUAUCCAUAUAACUACUACUACCCCAUGCCUCCGUAUGGAGGACCAUAUCCUCCAGGACAGUAUGGUGUUCAAGGAGGCUACCAGACACCCACUACACCCACUGGACAGGCCCCUGCUAUGCCUAUGAUGGAAGAUCAGUCCUCCAGCUAUUCCUCCCAGCCCCCUCCUCCUGCAACCCCUCAACCACCCCCUCAGAGUCCUACAUCCACUGACCAGCCCCCACCCCCUCCUCCACCCCCUAUACCUCCCCCACCCAAUGCCCAGUACCCCCCUCCAUCAUCCCAGACCCCCUACAGCCCUAAUUGUACCAUGCCAUACAGCCCCACUGAUUCAAACCCUAUGAUGCAGGGCUACAAUUCAGGACACAUUCGGCCAGGGUACCAGGGUUACCAAGCUCCAGCAUAUCAGCCCCCUCAGCAGCAGGCUCCAGGACAGGGCCCGUACGGAGGCCCAGGCAGGGUGGAUGCUAAGAAACCUAACAAUAGCAAUAUGAACAAAGGUGGCCAGCAGCUGUGGCAACGCAUGAAACAAGCUCCUGGAUCCAGUGCUGUCAAAUUUAAUGUACAAAAACGCCCAUAUGUCAUGGCCAAUCAUACCUUUACUCCAGGUGAACAGGCCCCUGGAUUGGCUUCCCCCACUGCGACAAACCCAUUGACUGGGUCUGUUGCUGCAACCUCUACCACUUCCUCAGGAAGUGCCCAAACUCGGCCUCAGGACUGGCCACAGGCCAUGAAAGAGUAUGUACAGCGCUGCUUUACAGCCUGCGAAUCUGAAGAGGAUAAGGACCGUACGGAAAAAGUGCUGAAAGACCUUCUGCAGUCCAGACUACAGGAUGGCUCUGCUUACACCAUCGACUGGACCAGAGAACCACUGCCAGAUUUGAAGCCAAAGCAGUCUCGCUGGGAGCCGGUUCCUCAUCGUUCUCAGGAGAAUGCUAUUGGGAGAGGUGGAGCCACCCGUGGCAGGGGCGGGGCCAGGUUGGGUAACUACAGAAAUGUCUUUUCUCAAAGAAGCCCCUCUUCAAGCUCAUCCCACUCCUCAUCACGAUCCCCGUCACCUCACAGCCGACACAGGGACCGGAGUAGACAUCAUCGCAGUGACUCUGGCUCUCAGUCAGACAGCAGCAUGUCAAGUGAUCUUCGACUUUCACUGUCCCGGCGGCAACAAAAGCCUGGCCGAGGCCGUGGGGCAGAAAGGGAGCGAGGUAGAGGAGCUGCAGGAGAGAGAGGCAGAGGAAGAGGCAAAGCAAACAGAGGGCGGAGGAAUAUGGAAGACCUCUCCAGCGGUAUUGGUAAAAAGCGGAAAGGUGGUAACGCAGGGCUUGACUUUCAUGACCCAAAUCGUGAAGCGAAGAAGCAGAGCCGUGCAGCACGCUUCCACACUAAACUACGCACUGAGCCCCUAGUGUUAAACAUCAAUGUUUUUGACCUCCCCAAUGGCGCCCAAGAGGGACUGAGUUGGGAUGAUUGCCCCAUAGUCGGCACCUGUCAGGACAUCACCAAAAACUACCUGCGCCUGACCUGUGCCCCUGACCCUGCAACUGUCAGACCUGUAUCUGUGUUGCGAAAGUCCCUGAUUGCGGUUCAAACUCAUUGGAAAUCCAAUCAGGAUUACUUGUACGCAUGUGAACAAAUGAAGUCAAUACGACAGGAUCUCACUGUUCAAGGUGUGCGUACAGACUUCACUGUGGAGGUGUAUGAGACACAUGCUCGCAUUGCUCUGGAAAAGGGUGACCACGAGGAGUUCAACCAGUGCCAGACCCAGCUGAAGGCGCUGUAUAAAGACUGCCCAUCGGACAACGUGGGAGAAUUCACUUCCUACAGACUUAUCUACUACAUCUUUACUAAGAAUUCUGGAGACCUGACGACCGAGCUUGUGUACCUGACCCCUGAGCUCCGUGCUGAUCCGUGUGUAGCUCAUGCUCUUGAGCUCCGUACUGCCUGGGCGCUUGGAAACUUCCACCGGUUCUUCAGACUCUAUCAGAAUGCUCCACGUAUGGCUGCUUACCUUAUUGAUAAGUUUGUGGAGCGUGAAAGAAAUCUAGCGCUGAGGGCCAUUAUUAAAACGUUCAGGCCCUCUGUGCCGGUGGAGUAUGUGCAGUCCAGCUUGGCCUUCCCAGAUUUAGACUCAUGUUUAGUAUUUCUAACAGAGCUUGGAGUUACAUUCACUCCCUCUGACCCAAGCAAAAUAGACUGUAAAGUCAGCUCAGCCAGUCUUACAACCUCGUAAUAUGGGGAAAGGUUGGGGAGUGACCAGAGAAUUUUCAUUUAUAGAGCUUAAAAAGACUGUAGAUAAGGGACCAGAUAUCUACAUAGACACACUCAGAGUCUAGUGCUGAUCGUAUUUAUGAAAGAUAUCUCAGAAUUUUUAACUCUUGUAGAGUGAUGGACUUUCUGACGGAUUACACAUCCACACACAGGGACUUAGGUGCUAUAUUCAAGACCCAGUAUAACCUAUUCACACAGCCCAUUUAGUGAAGUAUCAGGCAAUCAAUUUGCACACUAUCCCUUACACCAAUAGGAAAAAAGGCAAAGAUCUGAUGGGGUAGGGUCAGCAGGUCAUGUCAGGUCCCACAUCACAGAGCUCAAAAAAGCAUUUAAGCUAACAGUGUUGUGUGUUCUCAUGUUUCUCUCCUCUCAAGCAAACAGCCGCAAAGCUCAAGACCUGAAACAUCAUGGUUAAUCCAGAAUAUAUUGUGAGCCAGUUUCCACCAACAGCGUACCAGCUCAUCAAGUCUAUAUGAAGGCUCCUUCUGCAAGGUUUUGGUCAUCAUUAAUGGACUUUAAAGCCAAGUGAGCUAUAGUGCAAUCCUUCAAGCAAGAAGAGGAUGGUUUGUAUUCCCUAUCUUUCUCUUUGCCUGAGAUGUCUUCAGUGAGUCAGUGGUGGAGGUGUUCUGUUAGAUCUCCUGGCUCCCUUCAUCUCUAAGAUCCUAAUGCUGAUAGCAUGUAAUAUUUGGACUGAGCUAUAACAAGACAACCACCUGAAGAAAUGCAGAUUAGGCCCCGUUUUGCAUCAUAAGUUCCACCCCCUUCCCACACAGUCUCUUCUCCCUCACCUGCACAUCAUCAACAGUCAAGAAGCUGGCCUUCAUUAGUUAUACAUACCCUCCUAAUUGUUCCUCGACACCCAGGAAGCACAGCUCAGUGACUCAAUCUUCUCUUUCACUUAUACCCCAGCUGUGAUCUGAAUAGGGCCAACCAUUUUAAAAGUCAUCCAAGUCCACUUACGGAAUUCAUUCACCAAUAGGUUUGACCACCGGCCUCUGAAGAGCAAAGUCCUCUACAAAACAUCGCCCAGCAUAGAAGUUUCCUACGCCUAACAUGCAGUCAGUCGGCGAAGAAAAAGUCAUUUGGAAUGGAGAGUAAGCUCAGUUUUUCUUCACAGCAAGUUGGAGGCUGUCUCUUGUGUUCUCUCCAGAUGGUGAUCUUUACUAGUCACCUCACUCCUGCAAGGGCAUCCACUGUCUGGCUGGGGUUUGGAAACACAUGGGUUUGUAUGGCUCCUUAAGCUUUGGCCACGUCUACUGGUAAUGGCUGGUAAGAAGGACUUGAUGCUUUGAAAAGUGUGGUGGAUCUUCAUUCAGCUUGGGUUGAGGUGUUACCACUGUUGAACAACAUGCUUGGCUUGGUAGCUGUUAACCCUUCUGGCAGGUUGUGAAUGUAUAAUUUCUCAUUUUAAAAUGGGCCUAAUACUGAACCCUGUUGCAUCCCUUAUCUGCAAGAUUGACACCAAAAAUCAAAAAGAUCUGCUCAUUUUACAUGGAUAUUACUGUGAUACUGUAUUAAAUCUCAGAGAUUGAUAUGGUAUCAUGGUCUUAAUCUUGCCAAUGAUUGAAGCAUUGUAGUAAAAAAGUUGUACCAAUUCAAAGUAUUACAAAGUUCAUCUAAUUCACCUUGAUUUAUAAUGGACUGCGUUAAAAUUGGAGUUGACACUCAUACAUCAAUUUAAUUGUAAAUGAAUGAGGAGAAUGUGCAGCAGCAUUUCCAGUUGACAUAAUCAGGUUUAUUUAAUGUUAUUAAGAUCUAGCAUGGAUAAGGCUUGGGUCUGAAAUAUGUGUGCUUUAGCAAGAUGUGCUCAGGGCCACUAUAAGCAGAAAGCUCCCCUAACACCUCAUUGGAGAAAUUUGUACAUAUGUGCUCAUGUAAAUAAUGUGCAAAGUGAAAUUUAUUUCUUUUUCCUUAGUUACUUUGAUUUCAUAAUUCAUUUUAUUUGUUUGUACAAUGGUAAGUGUCAUUUUGAGCUAUAGUUAUUUUGCUGGCAGUUUUAAAAGUUUAAAUAUUAUAUUUUUGGGUGGUGAGCAUGUUCACACUGAUAUGCGGUUUAGUGCAAAUAACUGACAUUUUAGAGUUUAAAAUAAUUCUAAAAUUUCUUGUUCCCCUAGACAUUAAAUAAAUUACAUGUUAGAAAGUAAAACAUCCAAUCCACACUCAUGAAGUCAGGGAUUCAUGGAUUGAUAUGCCAAAUCUUUCCCUUGUUGAUCAUUGCUUAAUAUUCCCAAGUAAUUUUUAUCAUAUUUAUUUACUUUAAGUCAUCUUAGCUUUGUUUAUCAUCUUCCUCAUUUCCCAAUUCAGUUUUUCUUAUUCUCAUACCUGUAAAAAACUUUCGCACAAAAGUAUCCAACAAUAAGAGAAAGAUUUGGCUUAAGCAAAAGCACCAAGAUAAUGAUUCCUUUCAUUUGCAACUUGUCUUAACUGAUGUGACUUAGUAAAAUAAUUACUGAAUGACUGCAAUGUAUCGAAGGUGGGAAAUUGUGGUAAUCAAUCAAAUUUUUUUUUUAGCUCAUUUUGUUGACCUUAGAGCUUCAUCUUUUAUUUGGUUGUAUAUUGUAAAUUAAUUUCUUGCUACUGGUUGUCACACUGACUUUGCUCUCCUCUCCUCAACCUUCAACCCCUCCCACCCCUUGUUCUCCUCUCUCCUCCUGCACUCCUUCAUUACCAGAUUCUCUCUCUCUUCUUGCAGUCAUGCAUAUUUGGAGCAAAGCAAGAAAUGAAAAGAUGAGGGCAAAACUAAUCCAGAGGCACACUGGAAAUUGGGCAUUGAGACAUCCAGACAUCAACCAAUUCAGAUUCUUCAUUGUGCCUGUUGUUGUCUGAUGCAUUUGUCAUUUUGAGGAGAGCCUGGUGAUUUCAAUUUGCAAUGUUUUUCUUGAUGCCAAUCACAAAAUCUUUAUGUAACAUAACAAAACCACCGAUGAUGUAUGGGUUUUAUUUUAGGAAUUGCUUCAUAUAGUGUUUAGUAGAAUUGCUGCUGUAUGUUCAGGUGUGUCAUUUGUCUUAACAUUGCUUUUUUUCCUCUAACUAUUUUAAUGUGUUGGUUUUUUGUUUUUUUUCUUUUCUUUUUUUUUAUUACUGUUUGCUGCUGUAUUGUUUGGUGUUUUGUUUAUAGACUUGAGGUUUCUGAUGUCUAACUUUGGGGUUUAAUAUAAGCUGUAGAAUUGCAUAUUGGACAUACCUGGACAUACAGAUGAUCAGAAAUGUUCUACUCAUGUAAACUCUAGAUGUCCAAGCAGCAGGUUAGAUAAAUCCUUACAAUAAUUCCUCUCAGGUCUUCAAAGCUCACUGCAUUUUCUAAUGGUUACGUUGAUUGGCUGCCCAUGAUGCCUAUUACUUAAGGAUUGUCCAAAGCAAUGUUGAUUGUCUCAAAUGAUGCCACUGUUAAUUUUUCUUUCAUGAAAUGUAUUUUUAGCCCUUGCUGUUGUAGUUGAUGCAUAUUAUUUUAACAGCAGUAUUACUAACAGUCAUCCCUCUCUUCAAAUGUUGCCUCUCCCUUUGCACAUCUAAUUUCUUUAACUUCUUUCCUUUGCAUCAGCUCUUUGCUUUUUUCCCGCCGUUCAUAUUGUUUGUUUAGAUUUGCCUCCAAGUGUUCUUACAUUUAAACUUUAUCCAUAGAUUUUUUUUUUGUUGCUUUGUCUCAUCUUUAAUUUUUUCCAGCAAUCUGUUUGUUUCCGCAUGUUUCUCUUGUCUCCCUCUUCUUUCCUCUAUUAUGUUCUGUAAUGCAAUGUUGUGAUUGGUAUAUAUGUAGUCAGUGCUUGGCAGUAAGUAUUUUGAUAGGACUGUACUUGCAUCUGUUUCUUCUUUUACAGCUCCAUCUCUGAAAGAACUAAUGUCUCUGCCCUAGCUAGCGCUCCAUGUGUUAUUAUACAGUGGGGUUCACAAAGAAAAUACUGCCAUUUGUAGAUGCUGAUCUGUACAUAAUGUACCUACUUCAGAGAAAAAUAAAGGUGUUUUUUUUUU